AUGGCGCAAAUACAGCGGCCUCUGAUCAUCCAGUCGCAAGUCAUUCGGCUGUGCUGUCCACGCAUUUCGCGAAGAACGAGCAGCCCGUUGUUCGGACGUGGGACCCAUCGCAAGUUGCACACGAGAACAGUUACCGACAACGACAUAUCGCAUUUGGCGAGUCUCCCGCUACAUCCGCUCACGCUUGCUGAUCUUGUAAAACACGGAAGACCGCCGCUCACAACGCAACAACUCCUCACCUCUGCCAACUUUACGCUCUCGAUUCUUCCCGCACGCCUCGCGCAUCGCAUACAGUCGCUUCGAAACCUCCCCUUUAUCGUCGUGUCGAACCCACACGUCUCGAAAAUCCACUCGAACUACAUACACAGUCUCUCCACAUUGUUACCAUGGGCGGAACAAGAGAUUACGACGCUGGAGGAGGAAAUCAAGUUCACAGAGGUCAUGGCUGAUCUUGUGCAUACACAUUCGAAUACUAUUAGUACUUUGGCCCGGGGCUUCCUCGAGGCACGCAAAUACAUCAGUCCAAAGGAUGUCACGCGCUUCCUUGACGAACAUUUGCGAGCACGAAUAGGCACGAGACUGAUUGCGGAACAACAUCUAUCUCUGCACUUCUCGAGCCAACCGCAUGCCGAAAUCAUGCACGAGCAAGUAGAUUCACAAGGCUACAUUGGCGUGAUCGACACCCGCCUUAAGCCGGCGAGGAUAGUAGACCACUGCGCCAAUGUCGUGGGCGAAAUUUGCGAACUCAAAUACGGCGUCCGACCCACUGUCGUCAUCAACGGCGAACCCGAUUACGAGUUCGCCCAUAUUCCCGUGCAUCUCGAAUAUAUUAUCACCGAGCUGCUCAAAAAUGCCUUUCGCGCAACUGUUGAGUCGGGCAUGGAGCGAGAACCGGUCGAAGUCACCAUUGCGCCCUUGCCCGAACUGCUGCCGGAGAAGACGGGUAGCGAGAGCGCAGAGGAGGCGGGCAACAAGACGAUCAAGAACAGUGAUCAGGGAAACACGGACAUUGCUUCUCAGCACUUCACGGGGAAGAAGACAUCGCAGUCUACAGACUCGGACAUUGCCCCCCUCAAGCACUCGACACCCGGGGUGACGAUUCGAAUUCGCGACCGUGGCGGGGGGAUUUCCCCCGAGAACUAUUCGCACAUUUGGGACUACAGCUUCACCACCUUCAAUGACCAGCAAGCUUCAUCGACGCUCACUGGCGGGAACAACUCUGCAAAUGGCAUGGAUGCGUUGAAUGCGUUCUCAGGCCCAGGAGGGGAGGGAGCGAAUAGCCUGGCGGGGUUGGGAUAUGGAUUACCACUGGGGAGGGCGUACGCAGAGUAUUUUGGGGGAGGGAUUGCGGUGCAGAGCCUGUGGGGUUGGGGGACAGACGUGUAUCUGAGUUUGAGGGGGGUGGGGAGGGUGGACGAGGUUGACCAGUGGCAGAAACAUGGAAAGGGAAAUGGAAAUGGAAGUGAAAGUGAGAGCGGAAGUGGGAAUAGAGAGGGGGGUAAGUAG